AUGAUCGCCGCGCUAGCCAGCGAAGGCGCCAUCCACCCAAUGGAUACAGUAAUAACACGCAUGCAAUCCCCAAUGUACAGCAGCGUCUACAAGCACAUAAACGGCACACUCAGCCGCACCCUCUUCAGCGGGCUGUACCAAGGUUUCGGACCAACCUUUGUCGCUGGGACACUUUCAUCAAUGGCUUUCUUCACAGCAUACGAAGCCUCAAAGACAGCAUUCGAUAACGCACAAUCCGCUGGGUAUAUGCUUGGCGUCCCGCGGCCACUAAUUCACGCUGCUAGCAGUGCUAUCGCUGAAAUUCUGGCUUGCGCUAUCCAGAACCCGGCCGAGGUAUUGAAGCAGAAUGCCCAGGUUUACCAGCGGCCAGUUAAUGCCAAACGGGGUCCAUCUCCGACGAUGGAGAUGCUGCGUCAGUUUCGGAGAUAUCCUUCUGGGCUGUGGGCUGGGUAUGGUGCGUUAGUGGCGAGUCAAUUACCGAGUAUGUGUCUUACGUUUUCUUUGUAUGAGAUGUUUAAGGAGGACUUGCUUGAGCGGUGGAAGACAGAUAAAAAUGAUAUUAGACAGCAUCUUGAAGCGACUAUUUUGGGUGCUGGUGCUGCGGGGGGGUUGUGCUUCUUGGUUCUUUGUUCCUAUCCAUGUGGUCAAGACGAGGAUGAGGCUUGCAGCUGGUGA